GCUGCUGGAAACGAUAUGACUGCAACUUUUGCCACCGCCUCCUGCUGCUGCCGCCUGAUCUCGUCCACUCUCCAGGCGAGGCGCUGUCCGACACUCUCGCGUGAUUUCCUUCAUGCUGCCAUGGCUGCCGCGAGGAAGCUUCAAAUGUGUGCCGUUUCUCCAACAGGCAAACACUCCGCCUCGAUUAUCUUCUUGCAUGGUUCAGGUGACACUGGGCAGGGACUGAGAGCCUGGGUUAGAGAUGUUAUGGUGCCAGAUCUGGCAUUCAGCCACAUCAGAGUUAUUUACCCCACAGCUCCAGCUAGGCCAUACACACCCAUGCGAGGGGCUCUGUCUACUGUCUGGUUUGACCGUUACAAGAUCUCACGAGACUGCCCAGAGCACCUAGAGUCCAUAGACGCCAUGUGCAGCACCUUAGGGUCCAUUAUUCAGGACGAGGUCAACGCCGGGAUCCCCAAACACAGGAUGGUCAUCGGGGGAUUCUCAAUGGGCGGAGCUAUGGCUCUCCACCUGGUGUGUCGGUACCACCCUGACGUUGCAGGAGUUUUUGCACUGUCCAGCUUUCUCAACAAGGACUCUGUCACUUUUCAGGCAGUGGAGGAGCGGCUCGGAGCAGGACUCUCCAUUUCUGAGUUGUUCCAGUGCCAUGGGACCAGUGAUGACCUGGUACUUCAUCAGUGGGGAGAGGACACAUCAGUGCUGCUGAGGAAGGCUGGCAUGACCACUACCUUCCACUCGUUCCCAGGCCUGCACCACCAGGUCUCCCAGCCUGAGAUGGAGCUGCUGAGAAAUUGGAUCCUCAACAUGCUUCCUCCCACCAGCUCCUCCUGACACACUCUACCUCCUUUUUCUCACAGAAUUUGUAUUUGUGAUUUUGUCAAUAAAAAUAAUUGUUUUA